AUGACCAUGGCUGAUUCCCGCCCCAAUAUCCUCUUCAUCAUGGCUGAUGACCAUGCCUCUAAAUCAAUUUCAUGUUAUGGGGCGGGUAUCAACAAUACGCCGAACCUAGAUCGCAUUGCCACCGAGGGAAUGAAGUUCAAUCACUGCUAUGUGACCAACAGCAUCUGCACUCCUUCCCGCGCCGCGAUUCUGACUGGAACCCAUAACCAUGUCAAUGGUGUGAUGACACUCGAUUCGAAAAUCAACAAGCACAUCCCUAAUGUGGCCAAGCAACUGCGAGUUGGUGGCUAUCAGACCGCAAUGAUUGGGAAAUGGCAUCUGGGCGAAGGCAAAGAUCACGAACCUACCGGAUUCGACCACUGGGAAGUCGUUCCAGGUCAAGGCGAAUAUCACGAUCCUCAAUUCAUCACACCCAACGGCUUAAAACGAGAGACCGGAUACGCAACCGAUAUCAUUACGGACAAGAGUCUCGAUUGGAUCAAAGGACGCGAUCCGAAAAAGCCCUUCUUCAUGAUGUGCCACCACAAAGCCCCGCACCGAAGCUGGGAAUACGACCCUAAGCACAAGGAUCUUUACAAGAAUCCUAUUAAAGUACCAGAUACUUUCAACGAUGACUACAAGAAUCGUGCAAAGGCCGCCGGCAUUGCUAAAAUGCGUGUGGCAGAGGAUCUCACCUAUAUGGAUCUGGGACUGGUUCAACCCGAGGGCCCCGCUCAUAUCGUCGGCAACAAAAUGCUGGAUACUUGGUGGUGGUUUGAUCGGAAGAUCCCCGACCCGGAGGAUGUCACCAAGGUAAAAUUGAUGGAUAAAGAAGAUGGAACGAUCUUUAAAUUCAAGACUCGUCAAGAGCUGGCCCAGUUCAAGUUCCAACGAUACAUGCAGCGAUACCUUCGCACAAUCCAGAGCGUCGACGAUAACGUCGGCCGCAUGCUGGAUUACUUGGAUGCGGAGGGGUUGACCGAGAACACGAUUGUUAUAUACACCUCUGAUCAGGGCUUCUUUCUCGGCGAACACGGCUGGUUUGACAAGCGCCUUGUUUACGAGAACAGCUUCAACAUGCCAUUUCUGAUCCGUUAUCCCCGUGAGAUCGCAGCCGGAAGUGUCUGCGACGAUAUCAUUUGCAAUGUGGACUUUGCUCCAACAUGGCUAGACUUUGCCAAGGUGCGCAAACCAACAUACAUGCAGGGCGUGAGCUUCCGUGAACUAUUGAAGCAAAAUACCCCGGCAGACUGGCAGCAGGUAGCAUACCACCGAUAUUGGAUGCACCGAGAUGUUAUCCAUGAUGCUUACGCGCACUACGCUGUGCGAGACAAGCGAUAUAAGUUGAUUUACUGGUACAAUGAAGACUUUGGAAUCGAAGGCACUCGCCCUGGUGGUGAGGAGAAGGAGUGGGAGCUGUUCGAUCUCGAUGAGGAUCCAUUGGAGCUCUUCAACUGCUACCAUGAGCCUAAGUACAGUGAGGUCGUCAAGCACAUGACGCAAGUGCUCGAGAAUAAGAUGGAAGAGAUUGGCGACGAACCUGUUCACCCCCGCCAAACAUGA